AUGAACUCCCAUCUGGGCCUUACGCCGACACGAGCGACACGCAAGCGCAAGGGUACCACAUACGCCGACGACGACGAUGAUGACGAUGACAAUGCGUCCUUCAACUAUCAGGCUACACCGCGAAAGGCCAAAUCAACCAAAAGCGCUCCCGAAGUAAUUGACCUCACUGAGGAUUCGCCGAAGAAGACACCCGCUAGAAAGAGGGGCAAGCGCGAUGCUGAUGCGCCUGCCGAAGAGAAGCGUGCAAGAAUAUUUCGCAAGAAGGCGCCACAGAGCUACAUUGCGACAAAGGAGAGGGCUCUUACCCAGCGCCUGACGGUCCUUUCGCGCGAACGCUGUGGAAGCGAUGAUAUCCCUGGGGAGAAGGUCAUCAUGGCAGGUUCGACCGGGAACGUCUAUACGAUCUCAAUCGGUCUCGUUCCAAGUUGCGAUUGCCCACACGCGAAGAAAGGCAAUCAAUGUAAACACAUAAUUUACGUCAUGCUGCGCGUAUUAAAAGCACGAGAGGAUGUCGCGUAUCAACUAGCCCUCGUUAGCUCAGAGCUGCGUGAGGUUAUCAAGAACGCGCCGCCCAUUCCAGGUGUUGAGACAGACGGGAAAUAUGGCACCGAACAAGAAGGCCAGGACGGCAAUCGCAAACCAAUUGAGGGUGAAUGUCCCAUCUGUUACGACGAGCUCGGCGACAAUGAAGCCACCGUAUACUGCAAGGCCAGCUGUGGGAACAAUGUUCACAAAGCCUGCAUGCAGAACUGGAUCGCUGCCUCAAAGGGCAAGGCGACUUGUCCAUACUGUCGCGCCAAGUGGGAGGCAGAUACAGGAUUCGAAGGUAAGCUGGGUGAUGUCGACAUGAAGAAUUUGGAGAGGAAUGAAGAUGGCUACGCCAAUGUCGCAGGCCAACUCGGCCUCAGUGGUGAACGGGACUACUCAACGUAUCAUCAAUUCUGGGUGCGACAGCACCUGGGCCAAAGUCGAAGAAGGAGGGGUGGCUACGACUACGAGGACGACUACUAG